CAAAAUAAUAUAAAAACACUGGUAUAAAUUAUUAAUUAUUAUACUUUUUGAAACUCUUCGAAUUAAUCUAGAUCAGCAUUUUGAUAACAAUUAGAUGUACAUGUUUCUACGAGAGUAUAUAUCAAUCAAAUUUAGGUACAUUCAUAACAUAUUUAAGACAUUAUUUCGUAAUGUUUAAAUUUCUGGUAAUUUGUUACGCUGCCUUAACGGUUUCACUCGGUGCACGAAAAUCGUCGCAACUCUACACUAGUACGUACAUGUUGUAUACAAAAGACAAUUAUAAAUCUGGUAAAAAAGUAGAAGCAAACCGUGACUCGGUCGGUCCUCUACCAAUUAAUGCGAUGACAGAUUGCGCAAUUAUUGUACACGGCCACGGUGGCAGCGGAUCUCACUCUAUGAGCACGGUCUUGCGUGAUGCUUUUCUGACAAAUGGAACAACAAACGUUAUUGUUGUGGAUUGGGCGAUAGCGGCUAGUGUAAAAGAGUAUGCCUUGGCGGCCGUGCCUGCUGUUGGAGAAAAUAUAAUAGAAUUGUUGAAACUGUUGGUAAAGCACGGUAAAAUAAGCGUAGCGAAACUUCACCUUGUCGGAUUCGACGUAGGAGCUCACGUUGUUGGUUGUGUUGGCAGAGGCUUAAAAGGCAUUGCUAGAAUUACCGCUCUCAAUCCGAUCGGUGGUGGUCGGGAAUGGGUGUUGAGCGGAUACCAUGUCAGGCCUGAAGAUGCACUGUAUGUUGAAGUCAUACACACAGAAGUGUCAGAAAUCGGUAUACCGUCUGCUUUAGGUGACGUUGAUUUCUAUCCACAUGGCGGUAUCAGGCAACCUGGUUGUGGGGAUAUAGAAUGUAGCCAUAAUCGUGCCUGGCAGCUGUUUGCGGCUUCUCUCACUCACGGUGGCAUUAUGGGCCACAGAUGUGACAAUGUUGACGAGGCGAUAGACACUCGGAAACCCUGUACAGGUUUUACUUUGGCAAUGGGAAAUAAUGAGCUUGUUAAAUACGGAUCUGGUGCAUUCACUGUCCAUACUAACGCAUUAUACCCAUACCGCUGUAAAAUCAAAUGUGGAUUUGUCGACAGAGUCUUAGAAACUAUUGUAGCGAUGGUCUUUGGUCUCCAAAAAGUUGAUACCGUCUUCAAACCAUAAAUAAAUUUAAAUAAACAAUGUGUUAUAACCACCAGUUAAUCACUCGUCAAUCAAUCACUCAGCGUAAGAGCUUCCAACACAUGCUCUACCGACGGAUAAUUAUCCUAGUCCAAUUGGUCAAGAAAAUAACAGAUACAUCUGUUUCUUGUCUAGCAAACUAUUUCAUGCCUACCAAAAUCCCACUGAACUAAUUUUAAAACAAAUUUAAGAGU